AUGUGGGGGGCAUGGGUUCAAGGAGCAACCGGAGGAAAGAGGUACCGUUGGACUACCGAGAGGAAGGUACAACUCGCCACCGGUAAGGUAACUCACUCCUUUUUGCACGUCCCUGAUUGUCCCUACCCCCUGCUGGGGAGAGACCUACUUAUGAAACUUAGGGCACAAAUCCACUUUGAGGGGACUAAAGCCCAUAUUACCGGGCCGCAGGGACAGCCCUUGCAUGUGCUAACCAUACACUUAGAAGAUGAGUACCGGCUCCACGAGCCUGAGAAACCUGAGUCGCAGGAUGUGACUAGUUGGCUAGAGAAAUUUCCCCUGGCUUGGGCGGAGACCGGAGGAAUGGGUCUCGCCAUUCACCAACCGCCCUUGGUGAUUGCUCUAAAGGCAUCUGCGACUCCUGUCUUUAUCAAACAAUAUCCAAUGUCACAUGAGGCCUACCAGGGAAUUAGACCCCACAUUCAGAGACUUUUAGAUCAGGGCAUAUUGGUACCGUGCCAAUCUCCUUGGAAUACGCCUCUCCUUCCAGUCAAAAAGCCAGGAACAGGAGAUUAUCACCCAGUACAGGACUUAAGGGAAGUCAACAAAGGAAUGGAGGACAUACACUCCACAGUCCCCAACCCAUACAAUCUGUUGACUGGGCUUCCCCCGAGAUAUGUUUGGUAUACAGUCCUGGACCUCAAGGAUGCUUUCUUCUGUUUGAGGCUCCACCCAAAGAGCCAAUCUAUUUUUGCCUUUGAGUGGAAGGAUCCAGAGCUGGGACUAUCGGGCCAGCUUACUUGGAUAAGAUUACCACAGGGGUUCAAAAAUAGCCCCACCCUUUUCGAUGAAGCUCUACACCAGGACUUGGCUGACUUCAGGGUCCAUCACCCUACCCUAAUUUUACUCCAGUAUGUGGAUGACCUCCUCCUGGCUGCAGAAACUGAGAAAGAAUGUAAGGAGGGAACAGAGGCCCUCUUGAGAACUUUAGAAAUUCUAGGAUACCGGGCCUCAGCCAAAAAGGCCCAGAUUUGCCAAAGACAAGUUACUUAUUUGGGAUACCAGAUCAAAAAUGGGCAAAGGUGGCUGACCGAGGCAUGGAAACAGACAAUUUUGGGAAUUCCAGAACCCAAAAAUCCGAGGCAGUUAAGAGAGUUCCUAGGUACGGCGGGGUUUUGCCGCCUCUGGAUCCCGGGGUUUGCAGAGAUGGCCGCACCACUCUACCCCCUUACCAAACAAGGGACUCUCUUCACUUAGGGGGAUGAACAACAGAGGGCCUACGCAUAAAUAAAAGAGGCCCUGCUAACUUCCCCUGCAUUAGGAUUGCCGGAUUUAAACAAGCCCUUUGAGUUUUUCGUGGACGAGAGACAAGGGUAUGCUAGAGGAGUCCUAACUCAAAAACUUGGACCUUGGAGGUGUCCGGUUGCCUACCUGUCUAAGAAACUCGACCCAGUGGCCUCAGGUUGGCCCCCUUGCCUACGGAUGGUGGCUGCGAUCGCCCUCUUGCUCAAGGACUCUGGCAAACUGACUAUGGGGCAGCCGGUAACUAUCCUGGCUCCACAUGUGGUUGAGGCCCUGGUAAAACAACCUCCGGGCCGAUGGCUCUCUAAUGCCCGCAUGACUCAUUACCAGGCUCUGUUACUAGACACUGAUAGAGUGCAAUUUGGUCCUGUGGUAGCCCUCAACCCAGCAACGCUGCUUCCCCUACCAGAAGGUCCAGAAGUUCAUGAUUGUCUCCAGAUACUUACAGAGGUACAUGGCACCCGACCUGACCUAACUGACCAACCCCUUUCGGAGGCCGACUUCACCUGGUUCACCGACGGGAGCAGUUUCCUGGACAACGGAGAGCGGAGAGCAGGGGCUGCGGUCACCACCGAAACUGAGGCAAUUUGGGCCAAGGCCCUACCACCUGGAACGCAACAGGCUGAACUCAUCACCCUGACCCAAGCCCUCCGAAUGGCGGAAGGUAAGAAGCUAAAUGUCUAUACAGACAGCCGUUAUGCCUUUGCUACUGCUCAUAUCCAUGGAGAAAUAUAUCGAAGAAGGGGACUGCUUACCUCCAAAGGGAAAGAGAUUAAAAAUAAGACGGAGAUAUUGGCCUUGUUAGAGGCUUUGUUCUUACCCUUGAGGCUGAGCAUUAUUCAUUGCCCAGGUCACCAAAAGGAAGCCAGCUUGGAAGCCAGGGGCAACCGCUUGGCGGACAUGACAGCCAGGGAAGUAGCGAUGCAAGGAAAUUCAGAGGCUCCCCGAAUGGGGGCCACAUACAACCCCACAACAAGACUCUGGACUUUCAACGAGCGACCUGUGUGGCCCCUACAACAGACCCGGGACCUGAUCAAGUAUCUCCAUCAACUGACCCAUCUUAGCUCCAAAAAGAUGAAAACCUUCCUGGACAGAGAGGAAAACGCCCACUAUCUGCUAGGUAAAGAUAAAAUCCUACAACAAGUAGCUGAAGAGUGCACGGCAUGUGCCCGAGUCAAUGCAAGCCGUAACAAGAUCGGUUCGGGGGUCAGGGUCCGAGGACACCGCCCUGGCACUCAUUGGGAGAUAGACUUCACUGAGGUGAAACCUGGACUCUAUGGGUACCGGUACUUACUGGUAUUUAUAGACACUUCUGGGUGGGCAAAAGCCUACCCUACUAAACAUGAGACUGCCAGAGUUGUCACCAAGAAACUUUUAGAAGAAAUCUUCCCUAGGUAUGGAAUGCCGCGAGUACUGGGCUCUGACAACGGGCCUGCCUUCGUCUCCCAGGUAAGUCAGUCAGUGGCCACAUUGUUGGGGAUUGAUUGGAAAUUACAUUGUGCAUACCGCCCCCAGAGCUCAGGGCAGGUAGAACGUAUGAAUAGAACUAUUAAGGAGACUUUAACCAAAUUAACGCUUGCAACUGGCGCUAAGGACUGGGUAUCCCUCCUUCCCCUAGCGUUGUAUAGGGCUCGAAACACUCCGGGCCCCCAUGGGCUCACUCCUUUUGAGAUCUUGUAUGGCGCCCCGCCACCAGCUGCCCAUUUCUUUGACUCUGGAAUAGCCUCCUUUGCUGAUACCCCCUCUCUUCAAGCUCAAUUGCAGGCUCUACAGCUUGUGCAACGGGAGGUUUGGAAGCCUCUGGCGGCCGCGUAUCGAGAGCAGCUAAGUCAACCUGCAGUCCCGCACCAAUUCCAGAUUGGAGACGUGGUUUGGGUACGGCGACACCAGACAAGGAACCUGGAACCACGCUGGAAAGGACCUUACACUGUUCUGCUGAUGACACCCACAGCUCUGAAAGUAGACGGCAUCGCAGCCUGGGUCCACGCCUCCCACGUCAAGGCCGCCACCCCUGAGCAGCCGCCUGACGCCUCGGACUCGGGAACCCAAUGGAAACUCCACCGCACUCAAAAUCCUCUCAAGAUAAGACUGACUCGGGGGGGGGGAACCCUAAUAGUCUUGCUUCUUACCCUGAGUAUUACAACAACCCAGGCCUCUUCCCCGCACCAAAUUUUUAACUAUACCUGGAUUAUCGAAAAUCAAGCUGGGGAUAUUGUUAACACCAGUUCCCAGGUUGGAGCCCAACCCCACUGGCCCAGUCUGGAGGUAGAUCUCUGUGCCCUUGCUCUAGGGGCCAGCCCCGACUGGGGAACCCCCGAGGUCGUGUACACUCCGGGGUCAAGCGCCCCCCAGCUAGAGGGCCGUCGCCCCAUAGUUCCGGGCUGUCGCAACGGGAUUGAGAGAGCAGACCUACAUGGUCAGGCAGGGAUCUAUGUCUGUCCAGGAAGUCAUAGGAACAAAAACCUCAACUAUAAAUGUGGGUGGGCAAAUGACUACUUUUGUGCCUCUUGGUCCUGUGAAACUACGGGAGACACCUACUGGGCUCCCUCCUCCAAUUGGGAUUAUAUAACUGUUAAGAGAAAAGAUCUCCACCCAGGGGCGACCCCCAAUCAUAUCCCAGAUCAAUUAAAGACAAAAUGUGCCACCAGUAGCACUACAAAGGGGUGGUGUAAUCCCCUGCUCAUUCAGUUCACUGAGCAGGGAAAGAAAGCGCCCUGGACAACUAGCACCAGGGGUUUUGAAUGGGGCAUCAGGCUUUAUAUGCACGGAUGGGAGAUGGGCCUUACCUUUAAACUCAAACUUAAAAAGACCUCACCCACAACUGCCUCUGUGGGUCCCAACCCAGUCUUACAGAAGCCCUCUCUACCACGACCUCCACCCCGGCCAACAUCACCCCCAAGUACUUCUGUUUCUUCCCCCAGCUCUGCUCGGUUAAUUACAGGCCCCACGAUGCAACCUCAGCGACCUGGGUCAGGAGGUAGGCUUCUAGAUUUAAUAGCAGGAGCCUACCAGGUGCUAAACCGCUCCGAUCCCCACCUGACUCAAGAAUGUUGGUUAUGCCUGGUUUCUACCCCACCCUAUUAUGAGGGAUUAGCUAUAAUGGGCAAUUUCUCUAAUCAUACCACACUGCCAGCAACUUGCUAUCCCUCCGUUCAGCAUAAGCUAACCCUGUCAGAGGUAUCCGGGCAAGGACUUUGUGUAGGGACCAUACCCGCUGCCAAUCAGCCACUUUGUAAUUCCACUGCCCCUCUUACCUCAGGAAGUUAUUACCUGGCUGCCCCCAAUAAUACCUUGUGGGCCUGCAACACUGGCCUGACCCCUUGUAUAUCAGCCCAAGGCUGAAAUGAUAGUUCUGAAUUUUGUAUUUUAAUCGAACUAUGGCCUAAAAUAGUUUACCAUGAACCAGAAGAAGUUUAUAGGCACUUUGAAAAAGGGACUCGAUACCCUAGAGAACCUUUGUCUCUAACCCUGGCAAUAAUGCUGGGGGGACUAACGGUUGGGGGCAUAGCCGCAGGGAUUGGGACUGGGGCCACCGCCCUAUCAGCGACCCAUCAGUUCCUACAACUUCAACAAGCUAUGCAUGCCGAUCUACAGGCGUUAGAAGAAUCAGUAAGUGCCUUGGAGAAAUCCUUGACCUCACUGUCUGAGGUAGUUCUACAGAACCGUAGAGGGCUAGAUAUCCUCUUUUUGCAAGAGGGAGGACUAUGUGCGGCUUUCUAUGCCGAUCACACCGGACUAGUCAGAGACAAUAUGGCCAAACUUAGAGAGAGACUUAAUCAGAGAGAAAAGCUCUUCAAUGAGAGACAAAGUUGGUAUGAAAGCUGGUUCAAUAAGGCCCCCUGGUUCACCACUCUUGUUUCCUCUCUCAUGGGCCCCUUAAUUAUAAUUCUUUUAAUUCUACUUUUCGGGCCUUGCAUUCUAAAUAGGUUAGUUCAGUUUAUAAAGGACCGGCUCUCCGUCAUACAGACGUUAGUGCUAACCCAGCAGUAUCAUCAACUCAAGCAGCUGGAGACGGAGAUUGACUCUCCCUAGACCCGCAGAAUGAAGGAUUCCAUUCU